UACGAGAAGAUGCAGGCACAGGAAAUACUGCGGAGCUUGAGGCUGCCAGAGUUUGAUGACUUCAGCCAGUUCUUCAGAAGUGUCCCGGCUACAGCAUUAGUGGGGAUAGGUGCAUUUGCCGCAGUUAUUGCAUAUUGGUUGGCCAGUCGGCCAAAAGCUCUCAAACCGCCAUGCAAUCUCCUAAUGCAGUCAGAGGAAUGUGAGGGCAGUGAUGGUGCUCGACAUUCUGUAUUAGGUGAUAGCCCAAAGCUUCUUACUCACUAUUAUGAUGAUGCCAGAACUAUGUAUGAAGUUUUCCAGAGAGGCCUGCACAUAUCUGAGAAUGGGCCAUGUCUAGGAUCCAGAAAACCCAACCAACCUUAUGAAUGGCUUUCAUAUAAAGAGGUUUCAGACAGAGCAGAGUGCUUAGGAUCAGGAUUAUUGCAGCAGGGAUGCAAGGCUUCACCAGAUCAGUUUAUUGGGGUCUUUGCCCAGAACCGACCAGAGUGGAUCAUCUCAGAGCUUGCCUGCUAUACAUAUUCAAUGGUGGUUGUUCCCCUGUAUGACACCUUGGGUCAAGGAGCUAUUCGAUACAUUAUUAACACAGCUGAUAUUUCUACAGUAAUUUGUGACAAGCCAGAAAAAGCAAGACUACUAUUGGAACAUGUAGAGAAAGGAGAAACACCAGCACUCAAAUCUGUUGUUCUCAUGGAUCCUGCAGAUAAACAACUGAUAGAAAGAGGAAGAAAAUGUGCGGUUCGCAUUCAAAACAUGCAUGAAUUGGAGGAAUGUGGAAGAAAUCAUAGGAGAUCCCCUGUGCCACCUAAACCAGAAGAUCUUUCGAUUGUGUGUUUUACCAGUGGCACCACAGGCUACCCCAAAGGUGCAAUGCUUACUCACGGGAAUGUAGUGGCGGACUUUUCUGGCUUUUUGAAAGUGACAGAGAAAGUGAUCUUUCCGACGCAGGACGAUGUGCUCAUCUCCUUCUUACCUCUGGCUCACAUGUUUGAAAGAGUUAUACAGUCAGUGGUGUAUUGUCAUGGGGGGCGAAUUGGAUUCUUCCAAGGUGAUAUACGACUUUUAUCAGAUGACAUGAAGACUUUGAGGCCUACUAUAUUUCCAGUUGUUCCAAGACUACUAAACAGAAUGUAUGACAAGAUCUUUAGCCAAGCAGAUACACCAGUUAAGCGCUGGAUACUUGAAUUUGCAUCUAAAAGAAAGGAGGCAGAAGUGCGCAGAGGAAUUAUUCGAAACAAUAGUAUAUGGGAUAGGCUACUUUUUAAUAAAGUACAGGCAAGCCUUGGAGGUUGUGUUAGAAUGAUUGUAACAGGUGCAGCACCAGCCUCCCCUACUGUUCUGGGAUUUCUACGAGCAGCUCUUGGAUGUCAGGUUUAUGAAGGCUAUGGACAGACAGAAUGUACUGCUGGAUGUACCUUCACUACUCCAGGGGACUGGACCUCAGGACAUGUUGGGGCCCCAUUACCUUGUAAUUUUAUCAAACUUGUUGAUGUGGUAGAGAUGAACUACUUUGCUUCUAAAGGGGAGGGAGAGAUAUGUGUCAAAGGACCAAAUGUCUUUAAAGGUUACCUUAAAGACAAGAUAAAAACAAUGGAAGCAUUGGACAAUGAUGGUUGGCUUUACACUGGAGAUAUUGGAAAGUGGCUGCCAAAUGGAACACUUAAAAUUAUAGACCGGAAAAAACACAUAUUCAAACUGGCACAAGGAGAGUACAUUGCUCCAGAAAAAAUUGAGAACAUUUAUAUCCGUAGUGAACCAGUAUCGCAAAUAUAUGUCCAUGGAGACAGCCUGCAGGCUUUUUUAGUUGGCAUAGUUGUCCCUGAUGCAGAGGUAAUGCCAGGAUGGGCCAAGAAGAAAGGGUUUGAGGGAUCAUUUAGAGAACUCUGCAACGAUAUAGAAUUUAAAAAAGCAAUUAUGGAUGACAUGGUGAGAUUAGGAAAAGAGAGUGGCCUGCAUUCUUUUGAGCAGGUGAAAGCAAUCCACAUCCACACAGAAAUGUUCUCAGUUCAAAAUGGUUUAUUGACUCCAACACUAAAGGCUAAACGACCUGAAUUAAGAGAUUUCUUCAAAAAGCAGAUAGAAGAGCUUUACAAGAGUGUUUCGGUGUAAAGCACAUUAGUAAAUAUUUAUGACGAUGAACCUCACCAUUAAAAUUUACAUGAUAUGCAUCCAUGGUAUUCAAAAUAAUUUGGACUUGGGUCUCUUUUUCCUGUUUUUUUAUCCAUAUUUUGUUGCAAUGCUUGGAAUGUAAAAAAAAGCAAAGAAAGACACAAAGAAUUUUUAACCUCAAUAUUGUUUUAAAGUACUAGUAGCAUGACUUUGAAACGAUAUUUAUAUAAAAUCAGCCUAAAGAUUAAAAUAAAUUACUACAAUAACCCAACAAAUCCUCAAAAAGAACACUUUUUUAUUGUUAUGUUUUUUUUUCUUUUAAGAAAUAAAAAAUGAAAUAUCUUAAUUUUGUUGGGAAACAAAUAAAACAUGACCGAUUAAUGUAUCAUAUGAUGUUAUUAGGGCAUUACAGUCCUUUUUAUAUUAGAAUAAUCUUGCAUAAACUGUAGAAUGUGAAAUAGUAAAAAAUAAUUUUGAAUAAAAAAACAACAACUUAAAAAGGUAA